AUGGUGAAGCUAUCGGCGGCGUUUGUCGCGACUGCCUUGCAGCCCUCAACGAGUAACGUCGUCGUGUAUACUCUUAUCGGAGUGGCAAUUUGCUUGAAGCGAUACAAUGCCCUUGAGCUGCUUCUCAUCAGCCUUCUCGCGCUCAACUGGCAGCGAGUACCGCUUGCAUACCACAUCCGGCUAUUCUCUCCCAUCAUCAAAGUCAUCAUCAAAGCGCGCCUCUAUCGCAAAGGCCAUCUUCGUACCUCUCGCGAUCCAGCCUUGGGACUCGAGCCCAGCGAGCACUGGCAAGCCAUUGCGCGAUCGCCUUGGGCAGUACGUGCCUGUUUCAGUUCCAGAGCGACCUGGUCUGCGCUGGACAACAACAUACAUAUGUCCAAUUCGGUCUAUGCCACCGAUAGCGAUCAUGGACGCACAAAGAUCUAUGCAGAAGUUCUCUGGCCACUCGUUGUGACCGAAGGCAUCUACGGUAGCCUUGCUGGCACGCACUCUUGCUUCCUUCGUGAGAUCCCGAUGGGUUGCGCAUACGAGGUCGAGACGCAUUCUCUGACCUGGGACGACAAAUAUACAUACCUCUUGCAUCGAUGGCUGAUCGCACCAACAGGCGAUGAUCUCAAUGCAGUCGUCUCGUCAGCCACCCAGCGUCGCCUGACCGUUGCCGCCGUAUCGAUCAGCAAGCUUUGCUUCUUCACCAAUGCUCCUCUGCCGCGAAAUGGCAUCGUCAGCAAAACGAGAGCGCGUCAGCCGGUGCAUACGGGUCGCUUCGUGACACUCUGCGGUUCUGGCGAGGACAGCAGUGCUUGGCAGCUUGCCAAACGGUUGCGAAAGGCAAGGGAAAGCCGGAGAUGGCUCGUCGGACAGGAAGUGGAUUCGAUGCGAGGCGAGGACGACGGCAUGGUGACCAUGUCCGCUGGCAAGACACUGCCCUUGUCCAGAAUAGCUUCGGCCAAAGUGCCGCAGUGCAGGAACGUCUUCACGCCGGACAACGAACAUUGCUUUGUUGCAAGCUUCAGCAGCGUCUUGGUCUAUUCGCUCAAAGCCAAGCGUAUCGUGUCCGAGCUCAGAACGGCUUCAACCUCAAGCUCGACAAGCUCUGACGUGCUAUCGUUGCUCCUCAAUCCACACAAUCCGCUGCAACUGCUAGUGGGCAGCAAAGGCUCGCUUGACGUCUGGGACUAUACCGCCGGCGAGAUCCUCAAGUCUAUACCACUCGAUGGCAGAAUAAUCGAUCUGACAGGUAGUUCUGAGCUCCACGGAUCCAUCUUCGCGCUCGUCCAGCCUGCCAAAGACUCGGAGCAAAGUGCCUCUGUGCAGCGAAUUGACUUGAUUGCUGGCAAAGCGACCACUCAUGAGGCAUUCCCUCUCACAGCACCUACUUGCCUGGCUGUUGACCCACGAGGAGAGCAUGUCGUCGUGCUGGAUGGCAGGAGGAUGCUCGUAGCGAGCGCCUCAGAUGGAACGAUGCCUGCCAGGGUGUACGAGUCACGCAAGCGACUCACUGCCCUGGCGAUCCAUCCCACAGAGCCAUACGUUGCCGUCGGAGAUUCUGAAGGCCAGAUAAGAUUGUGGUACUGUCUCAGCGAUGCUUCGGCUUCCACUUCGGCCAGCGCAGUCUUGCAUUGGCAUGCACAUCGCGUUCGCAGCUUGGCGUUCACACCCAACGGGGCCUAUCUGCUCUCUGCCGGAGAGGAAGCUGUCCUCGUCAUCUGGCAGCUCGAGACGCAUCACAAAGAGUAUCUUCCCCGUCUUGGCUCCGGCAUCGUAUCUGUCGCCGUCAGUGCUUCCGGUCCAGGCGAGAUGCUCUUCGUCACGCGGCACGAGGAUGGCUCGAGCAUGUUCAUCAGCUCGCAAUCUCUCAAGCUCAUCGGUAGCCUCAAGAGUGGAUCGACGACAGCAAGGGCAGAUGAGAGUGGGCUCGUCCCGAUAGCGUACGAGUCUGUGUCCAAUCGAAUUGCCCUUCCCGCCUCGCAUCCAUCGACCCUUCAGCUCAUCUCUCUCAAGACAUCAGACAGUGUAGAGAUCGAGAUUGCUCCUACGAACCGAAUCGUGGGCGAAGAAGGCCGCGUCGAGCCGCCCAGAAUCAGUCAUGUCGCUUUCAGUACACCUCAAAGAGGCAUACCAACAUUCAUGGCCACCAUCGAUCGAUGGCAAAGCGAAGGGUUCGCACAAGAGACAUACCUCAAGAUCUGGCAAGGCACGCAAGACGGCUCCUAUGCCCUAGUGACACGCAUCGACAGACCUCAUAGCGAUGAAGUCACUUCGGUCUGCUUCAGUCAGACCGCGCCACUGCUGGUCUGUACUACCAGCAAGAAAGGUCAGAUCAAGCUCUGGCAGUCUCGCCAAGACUUCAAGGGCCGAAUGACCUGGAGCUGCCGCUCCGUCUUCGACUGUCGCCAACAGAGCGCCUUUGCCGCUGCCUUCUCUUUUGAUGGCUCUCUUCUUGCCAUCGCUCAUCAAACUUGCGUUUCCCUGUGGAAUGUUCGAUCACUAGCCUUACUGAGAUCGAUCUCGUCGCCAAAUGCGACGCUUGUCAGCUCAAUUGUCUUCGCAGGCAAGCAUGGUCAAUUCCUUGUCUACGGAGGCCGCAAUGGCAUAUCGGUAUGCGAUGUGUAUACAUGCGAUGAAAUAGGAGCAGCAGCAGUGUCACUGCAGAGUCUUCACUCCGUUCGAGGCAGCGACAAAGCGAUUGCCGUCGAAAGAAGUCUCGGUACAGAUCCUACACAUGACGUGCGCGCUUUCGAGAUAUCGCUCGGCGACACGAUCGAGGCAAGCCUCAAGAUCAUGCCAGGUCCGAUGCGAAGCCUCACGCUCAUCAGUGAUGGCAAAGCCCCGGCAUUCGCCUUCGUGGACGCGAAUGGCAGCAUUAGUUUGGCAGGUACAGACGUCGGUCUGCCUCAAUUGCCAGCACGACUACCCGACACUGUCGGACCUCUGUCAUUACUCAGCGACUUACUGGACGACCUGACGCUUCCGACACCGACAGGGGAAGCAAGGAGCAAUCCUCAAAUCUCAAAUGUAUCUGCAUUGCUAGACGCAGCUCCGCACACGCUGCCGCCACUGCGCACGAUAUGGCGCGAACUCCUACGUCUACCAGUGAUGAACAGAGCAGUGGAAACAGAGCAGCCGGCGGCCUCGAUGCCGAUGGAUGUAGACGAGGCGACACCCGUCACAAGCGAGAUAGCUAGCAUCGAGACGCCUGCGGAGCUUCGUGAAGCAUUUGAGCGUAUGUUCGCAGCGUAG